AUGGCUUCGGCAACGGUCUUCUACAGGGCCCUCUAUGCCGAGGAACCGGACGGCGUCGCUGGCAACGCCACGAUGGGAAUGGAUUCGACAACGGCCUUCUACAGGGCCCUCUAUGUCGAGGAACCGGACGGCGUCGCUGGCAACGUCACGACAGCCCUACCUGACUCUGAGAACAAAACCGUGACAUCAGCAUUUGAAGUGGUAAUCAGCACGGUGUCGGUCAUCUACAGCCUCGUGGGUACCGUAGGCAAUGGUCUUGUCAUCUUGGCCUUCUGCUCUUACAGACAGGUUUGUCUCAACGUGCACAUAAUACCGUCGUUCCUCUUCAAAUUCUUUACUUUAUCUACGUAUCGUCGCUAUCUAUGGUACUGGUACAUACACGUCACCAAGUCGCCGGACACGUACAGGAAACUCUUCAGCCCUAUCAAGUCGUUCUUAUGGGUUCUGGUGUCGUGGGUUGUGAGUGUGUUGUUGGUGGUUCCAGGGUUCCUAGGCUAUGGUGAAUUCGGCUGGAGCAAAGAUAACCAUGUCUGUCUCAUAAAUCUGCACGACAGUCCUUACAGUCCAGCCUACGUCUCAAACAUCUAUGGGCUUUUCUAUUUGCUCGUCUUCUGCGUAGUCAUUGCCAUCUACACGAGGAUCUACUUCUUCGUGAAAGAUUCUGUAGUUACCAUGGCAGCAGCGAAUCAACACCUUGCCAACCGUGAGCAAUACGUGUCACAAAGGGUAAUCCAGCGCACCAAACACAUGUUCCUCAUCUUUGGUGCAUUCACGGUUUGCUCGGCUCCGAGCGUGCUGUUGUUCAGCAUCAAUGUGCAUGAAGGCUUCUUGCCAAAGGCAGCUAUAGUAGUGCUGUUUAUGCUGUACCGCAUGAACUAUGUCCUGAACCCUUUUCUGUACGCCUGGAAGCUGCCUGUGUUCAGGCGUGCCUUUAAGGCCCUGGUUCGCUGCAAGCGGCAGCUGCCGUUCCAACCCGGAGCGCCAGUAAACUAACCGUCAAACCUUUGUCGCUACCAAACUGCAUGCACUUCAAGUGCCAUUG